CGUCCGUUGAUUCCGAUCGUUCGCGAGCCACUUGGGAUUUCUUAUCCUGAUCAAACAGAACAAUCUCAACUCCGCAAUCACAAUGUUCUCUCAGAAGGUUGUCCAGCAGUCGAUGCGACGGCUUGCCGUCCAGCAGCCGUUCGCUAUGCGGUCGUCUAUGAUGGGCGCUUCCCCUAUGGCCGUUGCCCUCGGCAAGAACGUCCAGACGAGACAACAAGUCACCUCGGCCCCGAACACCGAGGACCCCAGCCAGAUCCUCGUCAAGCAGCGUCUUCGGCGCCCUAUUGCCCCUCACCUUACUAUCUACAAGCCCCAGAUCGGCUGGAUCGGCAGUUCCUUGCACCGUAUCACUGGUGUCGCUCUCUCCGGCUCCCUGUACCUCUGGGCUACUGCCUACCUCGUCUCUCCCGCUCUCGGCUGGCACCUCGAAUCGGCCUCCAUGGUCGCCGCCAUGGGUGCUCUCCCUCUCGCGGCUAAGGUUCUCCUCAAAACCACCCUUGCCCUUCCUUUCACCUACCACUGCAUGAACGGUAUCCGCCACUUGAUGUGGGAUCUGGGCCGUGGUCUCACCAACCCUGUGAUCAUCAAGACUGGUUGGACUGUCGUUGGCCUCAGCGUUGCCAGUGCUGUUGGUCUUGCUUUUAUUUAA